GGGGCCGGGCACUGCCCGCCGGGCCCCGCAGCACCCCGCACCGCAGCCAUGUCGCGCCCGCUGUCGGACCACGAGAAGCGCAAGCAGAUCAGCGUGCGCGGGCUGGCGGGCGUGGAGAACGUGGCGGAGCUGAAGAAGAGCUUCAACCGGCACCUGCACUUCACGCUCGUCAAGGACCGCAACGUGGCGGCGCCGCGCGACUACUACUUCGCGCUCGCCCACGCCGUGCGCGACCACCUGGUGGGGCGCUGGCUGCGCACGCAGCAGUACUACUACGAGAAGGACCCCAAGCGCAUCUACUACCUGUCGCUGGAGUUCUACAUGGGCCGCACGCUGCAGAACACCAUGGUCAACCUGGGCCUGCAGAACGCCUGCGACGAGGCCACCUACCAGCUGGGCCUGGACAUGGAGGACCUGCAGGAGGAGGAGGAGGACGCCGGACUGGGCAACGGGGGCCUGGGGCGCCUGGCAGCCUGCUUCCUGGACUCCAUGGCCACGCUGGGCCUGGCCGCCUACGGCUACGGCAUCCGCUAUGAGUUUGGCAUCUUCAACCAGAAGAUCAGCGGCGGCUGGCAGGUGGAGGAGGCUGAUGACUGGCUGCGCUACGGGAACCCGUGGGAGAAGGCACGGCCAGAGUACUCCAUCCCUGUGCACUUCUACGGGCACGUGGAGCACAGCGCCGAUGGCACCAAGUGGGUCGACACCCAGGUGGUGCUGGCGCUGCCCUACGACACGCCGGUCCCCGGGUACCGCAACAACACGGUGAACACUAUGCGCCUCUGGUCGGCCCGAGCCCCCAAUGAGUUCAACCUCAAGGAUUUUAACAUUGGGGGCUACAUCCAGGCCGUGCUGGACCGGAACCUGGCGGAGAACAUCUCCCGGGUGCUGUAUCCCAACGACAACUUCUUCGAGGGCAAGGAGCUGCGGCUCAAGCAGGAAUACUUCGUGGUCGCCGCCACCCUCCAGGACAUCAUUCGCCGCUUCAAGUCCUCCAAGUUCGGCUGCCGCGAUCCUGUGCGCACCAACUUCGACGCCUUCCCCGACAAGGUGGCCAUCCAGCUCAACGACACGCACCCGUCGCUGGCCAUCCCCGAACUCAUGCGUGUGCUGGUCGACAUCGAGCGGCUGGAGUGGGACAAGGCCUGGGACGUCACGGUGCGGACCUGCGCCUACACCAACCACACGGUGCUGCCCGAGGCGCUGGAGCGCUGGCCCAUCCACCUCUUCGAGACCCUCCUGCCGCGGCACCUGGAGAUCAUCUACGAGAUCAACCAGCGCUUCCUCGACCGGGUCUACACCACCUUCCCCGGGGACCUGGACCGGCUGCGGCGCAUGUCGCUGGUGGAGGAAGGCAGCGUGAAGCGCAUCAACAUGGCGCAUCUCUGCAUCGUGGGGUCCCAUGCUGUCAACGGCGUGGCCCGCAUCCACUCCGACAUCCUCAAGAAGACCAUCUUCAAGGAUUUCUACGAGCUGGAGCCCCACAAGUUCCAGAACAAAACCAACGGCAUCACCCCCCGGCGCUGGCUCGUGCUCUGCAACCCGGGGCUGGCUGAGGUCAUCGCCGAGCGCAUCGGCGAGGACUACAUCGCCGACCUGGACCAGCUGCGCAAGCUCCUGGCGCACGUGGACGACGAGGCCUUUAUCCGGGACGUGGCCAAAGUCAAGCAGGAGAACAAGCUGAAGUUUGCGGCCUACCUGGAGAAGGAGUACAAGGUGAAGAUCAACCCCAACUCGCUCUUCGACAUCCAGGUGAAGCGCAUCCACGAGUACAAGCGCCAGCUGCUCAACUGCCUCCACGUCAUCACCUUCUACAACCGGAUCAAGAAGGAGCCGAACAAGCACUUUGUGCCCCGCACCGUCAUGAUCGGGGGCAAGGCAGCACCCGGGUACCACAUGGCCAAGAUGAUCAUCAAGCUGAUCACGUCUAUCGGGGACAUUGUGAACCACGACCCCGUGGUCGGCGACCGCCUCAAGUUCCUCUUCCUGGAGAACUACCGCGUAUCCCUGGCCGAGAAGGUGGUGCCAGCGGCCGACCUGUCGGAGCAGAUCUCCACGGCGGGCACCGAGGCCUCGGGCACCGGCAACAUGAAGUUCAUGCUCAACGGGGCCCUGACCAUCGGCACCAUGGACGGCGCCAAUGUGGAGAUGGCUGAGGAGGCGGGCGACGGAAACAUCUUCAUCUUCGGCAUGCGUGUGGACGACGUGGACCAGCUCGACCGCCAGGGGUACUGCGCCAAGGACUACUACGACCGCCUGCCCGAGCUGAAGCAGGCCAUGGACCAGCUCAGCACCGGCUUCUUCUCGCCCAGGCAGCCCGACCUCUUCAAGGACGUGGUCAACAUGCUCAUGAACCACGACAGGUUCAAGGUCUUUGCCGACUAUGAGGCCUACAUCAAGUGCCAGGAGCAAGUCAGCGCCCUCUACAAGAACACGAGGGAGUGGACGCGUACGGCGAUCCGCAACAUCGCAGCCUCGGGCAAGUUCAGCAGCGACCGCACAAUCGCGCAGUACGCCCGUGAGAUCUGGGGCGUGGAGCCCACCCGCGCCAAGAUCCCCGCCCCCGACGACCCCCGCGAGUAGCCCCUGAGGCCCCGCCCCCUGGGCUGGAGCCAUGCCCCAGGGCCCUGGCUCCGCCCCUGUCCCCAGAGAUGCUGGGGAGCUUGACCCCCUCCCCCUGGUGCAGUCCGGACCCCCAGCGGCAGGGGGAGCUGCCCUGUGAAAACGAGGGGGUGGCAGGGAGCCCGCAGCCCCCCCCUCUGCAGCGGGAGCCCAGGCAUCCUCAUGGGUUUCCUGGGGGGUUGUAAUGGUUGUUUGUAAGUCCCUGGGGGCAGGCGCUGCGGUGACCUGCCCCAGGCCUGGCCGGGCCCCCCGGCCGGAGCAAUAAAGCUGAGCUGACACCUC